UCUGUGGCUUCGAUUUCCGGCAGUGAGGAGGCCUUUCCAAACAUAAGCGGACGAAAGCAACCACUUCCCUUUCUGUCACCAUCCGCCAGCAGCUUGAGCAAGAGCAUUCCGAGCACCGCAGAGAAGACCACUCAUCAAAGCCUAGAUGAGGAUCAGCCUUGUGUUCUUUUCAAGAAAGGGAAUCGGCUGAACGACUCUCAUCAGACAAGCAGCCGUCUGACUGCGGAGCCAGCGUGGACGACAGUGCAGCCUGGGAAGAACCCUUCUGGAAAAAGGCCGAGUAAAUCCCGCAGCCCUCGAAUUUCCUCCCAGCAGCAAAGCAGGCCCAUAGGUGCCCUCACACAGGCCGACGCGACAGGGAGAGCCAGCGUUCACGAGGGAAGAAGGCCCGAAUGGAGCCCGCCAGACCCCGGGCGUCCAGGGACCGCAGGGGCCAGCCUGUUCCUGGCCUUCCAGUCCAUGAAGCUCCUCAGCGAGGACACCGAUGAGGACAGUGCCAGUGACCUCUCGGACUCAGAGCGGAUUCCCAUCCCCCCAUCCCCGCUCACCCCUCCUGACCUUCGCCUCCGCGCUGAGGAAUUCAACCCAGCCUACUUCCGCCCGUACCCCGAGCCCAGCCAUGCCAAGCCUGACUACCUCUACCCCGACUUCCUCCCGCCUCCCUUUGACUCCUGGGACCUGCAGGAGAUGGCCGUGAUGCUGAACUCCGAGGGCAAGGCAGACACCGUGCCACGAGCAGCCGGCCUUCUGGGGCGGUACAUCGACCGGCUAGUCCAGCUCGAGUGGCUGCAGACCCAGACGGUGCAGACAGAGAGAGCAAGGGUGGGGGGCAAAGGCAGGCCACCCACGGCCCCUGGGACCUUCUGGCCUCCGAAAAGCCCUGGAAGAAGCAGACUGGUUGCUGCUGCCCUGCCCAAGCCAUUACCUCCCCAGGACAGGCCUCUGAGGCCUUGGCUGUCACGAAAGAAAGACUGGCACCAGGAAGACCCCCGUGCAUCCUGCACGGCCUUCCAGACGGGCCUCCGGGCCCCAGACUUUCCUGCGGGCAGCAGGCUCGCUUCCAAGAAGCAGGCCCAGGAGGGGAGGCCAGAGGAGAGGAGGAAGAAGCCCGUCAAAAGCUCCAAAUUGCAGUGCCUGGACCUGGCCUGUGGCGACAGUGGUGCCAAGCUCCACGCCAAUGGGAAUCUGCGGACCCCCAGAGCCUCAGCUGCCAUCAUUGACCCGGGGGGCCCCUGUAAGGCCCCCCGAACACAAGCACACGUGGCCCUCAAGAAAAAGGGGAACGCAAGCCACGGCAGCCACUCCAGCGUAUCUGGUGAGAAAAAGCUCAAAGCCAGUGGCAUGAAGCGGAGAUUCAAAUAGCGCCCCGCUGGGCUGCAAAGCCUGCCGGGGGGCCCCUGGACAGCAGCGCUCUCCCCACAGGACAGCACUGUAGUGGCGUGGGGGGGGGUGUGUGUGUGUAAGAGAUUAGGGGCCCUGGGUUGAAGUCAUUGGUGGGUUCUGUUUUCCAACCCUACUGCCGUCCCAGGCAAGAUAAUUUUCUGAGAGCGCUUUUUCUGUCAGUCUUUCUGGGCAGUCAGGGUCCUAAGCCCAGGAGCUCUCUGGGGACGAGGCCGUCACAGUAGGCGUCCCCUAAAGGCGCAGACAGCUCUCCAGGUGAGUCAGCCGGCUGGCACAGAGCCUCUGCGUGCACAGCCCAGAGGCAAUGGGGUGCCCCUCCCGUGGUGCCUUGCUCACGAGCAGUCUCACGCGCUCUCCCCCGCAGGGCAGGGUCCUAGGAGGGGUUAUUGCCCUGGCUUUCCAGAAACCAGUCCAGCCCACCCGCGCACGUCGCCCCUCCGCGAGGCUUCUCCUCAAGUGUGAAGGGGUGUAUACUGACGUCACUGGAGUGAAACUCCUGGCCCGAGAGACAUCAGGGUUUAGGGCUUUAAACGCCCCCCACCCCACCCCGAUGUGGCGCUGUGGGUCUGCUUCCGAGUCCUGCGGGCACUUCCCAGUGGGGAGGCCCAUGGCUUUCCGCCUGAUGCCGGUUGGCUGGUGGGUGAGAAGGGCAUGCCACAUGUGUGUGCCAAGGGGAGCUGUGAGUCAGGCACUUUAGACAGGGCCUAUCUCGGUACCAGCACCUGGUACCACCUGGGGUGAGCCAGUUACCAAGUGACAGCUUGGGAACCUGAUGUCCCAAGUUAUAGAUGACAGCCUGUGGUGUGUGCCCACCAGAGCAGGAGGGACUGCCCCUGUGUUGGGCUACUGGAGAGAGGGCUCCAGGGGCAUUCCAGGGUGGGGGGGGGGGUGGGCUCUGCAGAAAGUUGAGGAAGAUGCUACCCCUGGCAUUCUGGGCCCCUAGCUCCCCCUGAGUUUCCCACUAAACUGCAGUUAGACGCUCUGCAGGCCAUCCUCACGUGGGGCUGGGAGUGAGUGUCACCAGUGGGGAGCAGAGCCAUCCUGUCCCUGGUGACACUAGUGACAGUGGGUGGCAGUAGAUAGCCCCAUCCCUUUAAAUGCUGCUGACACGCAUGUUGCUAUUCGCCAAACAAAACUUUCCAUGUUCUAUUUGAAAUGAGAUCAUAUUUUGCAGGUCUCUCACAGUGGUAAAUGUGAGAGACAGGCACUUUAGAAGAUAUUUGUCUAGGGAAUACUGUGCAAAGAUCCCUUUACAAUCUGAAGGAUGAUGUGUACAUACAUGUGAUAUGUAAUAUAUAUAUGUGGUCUGUUUCAAAUACAUGCAUAUUUUGUUGUCA